GAGCACAUGGGUGAUGUAUACUUAAUUAUAUAACUGAGAUGUUCUACGUGGAAGUCAUUAAUGUUGAUGAAGCAGUUUGGUGAAGGAAAGUUUUACUUUGCUUUAUCUUUGUUCGUUAUCCGAAUGCGCUUAUGCAACGAAACUCACAUGGAUCAAAAGAAAUUGAUACUGAAUUAAGUUAAUUGUUCAAUCAAACUAUGGAUAAAAAUAUGUCAAAUGACUUUAAUAAAGAAACGAAAAACAAAGAAGAGAAGCAUCUAGAAAACGGAGAUGGUAAAGGCAUCAAAGAAGAAGAUGCAAACAUCUCUAUCGACGACAGAGAAUAUUUAAACAGUGUUGAAACAUUUCUUUCUUUCUUUGAAAGUGAUGCACCAACCAAUGAACCGGGCACACCUUCCCAAAGCUUCAAACACGAGGCAAAAUUUACCUUAAAAAAUGCACGCACUUUAGAUAUGCAAAAGUUUACUGAGGAUAAACUGACCUCACAUGACCAAAUUCCAAAAUAUAUUCUUCAAAUGUUAAUGAUGGCCAACUACCAUGUGCGUGAAUUUACUUUGGAAGGAAUCAACCCAAUGGAUGCUUUGUUAGGAAUUUUUCAUUGUUCUGACAAUUUCUUACGACAAUAUAUAGCUGUUAAACUUAGCGAAUGUCAGCUUAGCGUUCCUUUUAUUUUACCUGAUCCUGAUGAUCCAGUGGAGAAGCAAACUAUCUUGCUUUCAACGUUGGGAAAAAUUACAAAGUCUUGGAGAGGUGCCUCAAUCAACGACUCGGCAAAAGAGGUGUACGCAACAGAACACCCCUUUCCCAUAGUGUCAUUUAUCCGGGUGGGUAAUGUGACCAUGUCCAAAUCGUCUCUGAUGAAUAAAAUUAUCAGUGAUGGUAAUGGAGAUCAUGAAUUCUUCUUUCAUAAAAACAUGGAAGGUGGCGAUUUUGUAAGAAGAGUCGUUGAUGGUUUGGUUGAAAUUGUGUGGUAUCUUCCUGGUGGAUGUGACAAGAACAUGUUAAAAAAUGAAAUCUGUUUUGCCAAUCUACGUGGAAAUGCCCAAAAUUUUAAAAAGCAAGUUAAAAUACUUCGUGAAAUAUCACACAUUUUGUGCGUUUUGCUGCCCUCGGAAAUGCCUGACAAACCUGUGGAAAAUUUUUUGGAAAAGGCCAUGUCGUCCAAAAGUAAAAUAAUCCUUAUUUUUAAAGAAAACAUGCAAGAAGAAGUAAAAAAUUACUACGACAGCGUGAUCGAUCAACAUUCAACAAAAUUAUAUUCCUUCACUAAAUCAUCAAUGACAUCCGAUUACAGAUUUUUGAAAAGUAUUCGUCAAGCAAUCCAGAGCAACAUAAAAGAAAAAGAAGUGAAAUCGCUAGAAACGUUUCUAUCAAAGAAAAGUGGAGUUUAUGUUGAUGAUGAUCAAGCUAAUGUUGAGUGGAACAAAACUUUCAAAACUUGGCUUUCUUUUGGGAUUGAAAACACAAAAACGUGGUUCAAGCUUCAACUUCAUAUACCUGUUCUGGCGGAUUUAGAAAGAAAGAAACAUAAUCCAAAGUUUCGUCCCAACAAUGAAAACACGAGCAGAGAAAACGUUGUAAUUGAACCAUAUGAUGAAGAUAUAACAAAAGAAAAGAAGGCUCAGAUGGAAUCAUUUCAAAAGAUGAAUACAGAAAUUCGUCAUUUCCUGAAUUCCAUUGCUGUGAUGGAUGAACGAAUGCUGAACAGAAACUUGCAACGAUUGAAGUAUUUAUUUGAUAAGGCUUCUCUAUCUGCGAUGGCAAAGUUGCAACAACAAUAUCGUUUAAAGGUACAAGAAACACACAAUGACAUGCUUGAUUCACAAUCUCAGGAAGAAAAUCGUUUGAAAGAUUUAGAAGCAUUGAUAUCAUACUCUUUAUUUGGUUUGGAGCAUGUCAUUAGAGAGCUUGCUCAACUUCAUCAACUCUCCGAUCUUGUAAUAAAUAAUUAUGCCAGUGUUGGUGCGAAGAUUCUUCUUUCAGGUCAUCCUUUGGAAUUAUUAGAUGGUGAUUCAGGUUACCUACCUUUAAAAUGGUUUGAUGCUGUUUAUAAGGAAGUAGAACGCGAAACAAAUAACGCUAGAAUCUGCGUGAUUUCUGUGUUAGGUAUUCAAAAUUCUGGUAAGUCGGCAAUGUUGAAUGCAAUGUUUGGCUUGGAAUUUCCUGUAAGUCGGAGAAAGUGCACUCGUGGUUCUUUUGUUUGUCUUGUUCCACUUAGUGAUCGACUCAAAUCGGACUCAAACUUGGACUUCUUAAUGAUCAUCGAUACUGAAGGACUUGAUCCAACAGUGAGAGAACAUUCCAUUGAAUUGGCAACUUUUGUUAUUGGUGUGGCUGAUGUCACGAUUGUCAAUAUCUUUGGUGAAAACUACAAUGAAAUGAAAGAGUUUUUGGCGAUGGCUGUUCACGCUUUCCUGAAAAUGAAACUUGUGAAAGACAAGAAAUCAUGCAAGAUUGUCCAUCAAAAUGUUUCCGCUAAUGACGUUGCAAAUAAGCUAAUGAUGGAUAGGCGAAAUCUAAAACAAAAUCUAGACCAUAUGGUAAGGCUUGCAGCAAUACAAGAAAAUUGUGAAGAUCAGUAUAAAAAGUUAGGUGACAUCAUUACAUUUCAUGAAAAUAAAGACGUAUUUUACAUACCAAGUCUAUUGAAAGGAAGUCCUCCCAUGGCUCCGAUAAACCCAAAUUAUGGUAGAGACCUGCAAAAAGUAAAGGAAAAUAUUAUUCAGCUAAUGUGCUCAAAAGAAGUGGUCAAGCUAACUGUUUCUUCAUUCCGUGAACGAGUUAAAGGUGUAUGGCAAGCCAUGCUAAAGGAAAAUGUCAUUUUCAGUUUCCGAAAUGUGAUCGAAAUCAGAGUUUACGCAUCGUUAGGCAAAAAAAUUUUCAAAGAAUCAGUAGAAAUAAUGGUAAAUGGAAUGGCUGAAAUUGAGAGAAGUAUUGAAAGAGACUUGAAAAGAUGCACUACACGAGAAAAACGAAAGAGAUGUUGGAUGAGCAGUAAAAAACGUAUAUUUGCAAAGGCAGAACAACUCAAGACGAAAAUGGAGAAAGAAAUGCAGACGUUUUUUCAAAGCAGUGAAGAUAAAUCUACCCUUGAACAAUGGAAAAAAGGCGUAAUGGAUAAAAUUAAAAGAUACAAACGAAAUCAGGAAGCGUCUGUUAUAGAAAAUAGUGAGGCAACCUUCCACCAUCUGCAGCAACAACAAGAUGUUGAAGAAAGGAAAAAAGUUUAUGAAAAACAACUUCUGAGCAGAGCAAAAAAUUUAGUGUCAACUCAAAAAACAAAUGACGAAGAAGAAUGUAAAGCAACAUUUCAAAGAGAAUGGAAACAAUGGAUUGGCGAAGUUCCCCCUUUUGAGGAAGUAAAGCGUGAUAUCAAUGAAUAUAUGGUUUUUGUUCUUCUACCAGAAAAUUCUGAUCUUAGAGCUGACUUGCUAACGAAACUAAAACCAAAAGAGUAUAGAAUUUCUGCUUUUUUUAAUGCUGAUCCUGUCAUUGAUAGAGAUAUGCUUUCAUUUAAUGGAGGGAGUGGUUUGAAAGUGGUCCAAAACGUGUAUAAUUGGUUCAUACAAGACGAUGUGUCAAGGGCAAACAAUAUCAAAAAUAAAGUUAUCUCUAAAGGAGAGCAGUUUGCAGAGAGAGUUUCCAACAAAGCUGUUAGAUUUACUCAUAAUGAUCUUAAAGCAAUGUAUGAUGAAAUCAUUUCUACUAUUGAUAAAGAAACAGAGAAACAAAACAUGAAGUUUAAAAAACCAUUAGUAUGUGACAUACUGCUAUACACAUUUGCCCGUGCCUUUCCUAUUUUUGAUAAAAUGGAAGAGCGUUAUGUUGAAGAACGUGAUAUUCGACAGAAUCUUGAAAAAACAUUAAGACCAAGGCUGGAAAAGUAUUUUAUCAACCUUUGCAAAGAGAUGGAGAAAGAAGUUUUGGCGGCCACGUCAUUGGUUGAUGUGCUUCGUGAGCCUAUAAAAUCAGAACUUAACAAAGGCAUUGUAGCAGCAGUUGAUACUAAGCUUUCGACAAAAAGCAUGUUUGUAAGUAAGGCUCACUUUCAUGCCAGUGUUUUGAUUCAACUUGGAGAAAACCUUAGUUUUGAAUUGUUUGUUCCUUAUUUGAAGAAUCCUAUUCAAUUUUUGAAAAAUAAAUUAAAGGAAUACGUGGAAGACUUUUGCUUGAACACAGGAUCAAAACUGGUGCAAUCUCUGUUAAAAGAUGAAGGAGAGAAGUUGAAAUCAGAUAUUUUUUCUGCCAUUGAAGACGCAAAUGAGCAAGCUAAAGAUGAAAUCGAACAAGGAAGCGAGAGUUGGAAAGUAACGAAUUGGAUUAAAAAGUUUGUAGAGCAGUGUUCUUCUCUUGCCAUCACAAAAGAAAUGUUUGGUGUUGCUACAAUGAAUGAAGAUUUAAAAGAAACUGAUUUAUUUGACAAAAAAGUUCGUGAGUUUGUCGAAAACUUUGUACAAGAACUUACUGAUGCUGAACUGGAUAGCGAAACUAUUGGUAAUUGGCAGCCAGCACCCCACGAAAGGCUUUUUAAGUCUCUCUUUGGAGGUCAGGCAGUUUGUCCAUUUUGCAAAGCUUUGUAUGAUAAGACUAUGGAGCAAUCAAACCUUUCAGACAAUGGUGAAAACCUGAGUCAUUACGGGACAAAAAUGCACCGUCCUCUGUGUUUGGCUGGUUAUCGCAGUAUCGACAAUGAGAUUUUGAUUUACGAUAUUUGUACAUUUCUUGUAGCUGGAAAUGAAGCAUUUCAAAACAUGGACACAAAUUGGAAACCUCAUUCCUAUGAAAGCUAUCAGUUAGUAAACGAAAAUUAUGCGUCCUGGAAAAUUCCUCUAGAUCCUUCUUUUGAACAAUCUAAAUAUUGGCAGUGGUUUAUGGUAAAUUUCUCGAAAGAACUUGCAAAUUAUUAUAAUAUGAAGGAACCAGAAAUCCCUUCGAGUUGGAAAAAUUUGACCUUGAAAGAGGCUAUAGAACAUUUAAAGGAGAUCCUCAAUUUUUAAAAUAUACGUUGAAAAACAUUGUUUAAGGUUAAUUUGAAGCAUGCAGUUUUGUAUACUGUGUGAAUUUUUAGUGAACAUUCAACACCUCUCUGUUCACCUUUUUAGCUCAUUGUUCUCGUGAUUUAGCUAAGUACGCUAUUAAACGCUCUGUCAAAUAAUUUUUAAUUGCUAAAUAAAUAUUUAGACGUAGAGAUGCAUAGACAAUAAAACUUAAGUAUAUUAGUACAAUCACUGAUUAAAGUUCAAUUGAAUUUCAUAAAUGACAUCCAUAAAAA